AUGUCUUGGUCUUUAGAAGAUAUACGCAGAGCACCUAGUCAUCAGCAAACACCAGAGGUCACUGAAGCACAUCCGAUCUUCAUUGCGCCUUACUACGCCAGUAUCACACACGAUAUGACAAACCCAAGCAAGUCCGAGGUGUCCCAGGACGAGAACGUGAGUAAAAAGUCGCCCAAGUGGAUAGAAGUCGAGGACCUCAAGGCAUACUACGCUACCCACGACCCUCCUGGUCGCAAGUAUCCAGCCCCAACCGAUGCAGAGUUCGAGGACUUCCACAUCGAUGCCUCAGCUGGAAUCAUUCAAGAUGAUGGACCUACUGCUGGCCAGAUGAAAGAGGCCGCCAGGCUCGCAAGAAAGCCUUCAGGAAAAUCAAUUGUCAAGUCAGGAGCCCAGGCCGACGCAAAGGCUGCCGUGACAGCCAAGCCACCCAUGACGAACACCAAGAAGGUGGCAUACGAGGGUAAAGGCAAAGGCAAAAAGGUAGAAAGUAGCGACGAAGAGGAUGAGGAAGAAGAAGGAGAAGAAGAAGAUGAGAAGAUGGAACCUAAAGAGGACCCCAAUGCGAAGAGGUACAAGAACUGCAAUGAAUGUUAUUGGUCGAAGGUCAAGUGCGAGCCAAGCGAGGAGUCGGGUGAUGACGGAGCAAGGAUCUGUGAGAGAUGUGUCGAAAAGGACCUUCAAUGCCACAUCAGCAUUGUAGGCACGCGACCAGUGGCUCGUCCUUCGUGGUCACCGGCUCCACGGGUCCGUCCUGCAUGA